AUGCACCUUGCGACAUAUCGAUCAUCCUUGCGCAGGGUCUACGCCCUUCUGAAAUCCCUGGGUGGCGCCGAGUCGUUCUGGGAGAAGCAGGGCUUUGAGACCCUGAGGCUGAGCGAUAACUUGCCAGCCAAACUCCGUGCUGCGGCUGCCGAGGCCCCCGAUGGCUUUGAUGUGUUCUUUGGCCCAAAGACGCCGGACGGCGCCUUGCCGAAUGUCCUGGUCCCUUUGGGCAUCUCCCGGCAUGAUGCUGGCAUUGCUGCUGACGCAUCUGACACCGUCGCUGUCGAUCCAACCAGCCAUUUUCACUGGUGCCUUUGCCUGGCAUUAAGUGAAGGGCACUCCUGUACCGUGGACGACGGAGGCAAUGCCCUAUGCUGGGGCAAAGGAGAUGCUGGCCAGCUGGGCCAAGAGAACACCAACAACAUUGGAGCCGAAGGGGGCCAGGUCGAGGCGCUGGUGCCCAUCGACGUCGGGUCGGGCCGGACGGUGCAGAAGCUUGCAGCCGGGAGCAGCCACACUUGCGCUCUGCUGGAUGAUGGCUCCGUGAAGUGUUGGGGAGGUGGGAGCAUUGGAGACGAGGCGGAUACCAUGGGUGACUUCUUGCCCCCUGUUGACCUCGGAACCGGUCGCAGCGCAACUGACAUUGUCGCUGGUGGUGGCUACUCCUGUGCCCUUCAGCAUCGGGAACUCUCCAAGCGCGAUGGGGGAUAA